CAUCGCUUCACCGAGAGCAGAAGGCCAUCGAAAUCGUUCGUAAAAGGCAGCUUGGCAAUGCAAAGCCCAAAAUAAAGCUUUUAGUGCGCGAAACCAAUGUUUUAGGCAUCUGUAGAUCGUAUGCACUCAAUUUUUUUCCAAUUUAGUGGCAGAAUAAUCAACAAAAAAAUCGACGUGAAAAGCGUGACGAGAAGUCGGGAAUCGUGUAGGAUGAAUUAAACAUGGCCGCCGUACAUUGUGCGCGUUCGGCGAGAAUCAACAGUUGAGUUGGUUAAAAUUUCCGCCCACGAUGCAUUCCGGGUUGAAAUCGGUAGCCACCCCUUUUGGUAGUGCAGUGUAUACGGGGUGACACUAAAUGGGGAACGUAUAGUGAUCAUUUACGGACUGUUUCUGGACUGUAGUCAAAACAUUCAAAAGAUAAUUGACUUUAUGGCCUACUGAGAAACUUUGCAAGAUCAAAGAUAGUGACAAACUUAAAAGAGAAGUUAAUAAACCGGAAAUAUCAAGCUACAAAACUAAUUAUUAGUUGGGAAUGUAAAAUCAAAAGUUUAUUUGGAACGAACCUUGAUGACGGAACUUCGCUUGGCCGGUGGUAAAAAAUGAAGUACCGUAAGUUGGAAAAUACGUGUGAGAGUGAAUGUGAGGAUGCUGAAACUACCGAGAGAGUGCAACAGAGUCAUAGUUGCAAGAGGAGCGAUGACGGGGAACACGUACGGCUGGAACGGCCGGACUGCCUUAGCGAGCCGCUAAGCGCCCCAGGGCCGGGGAUGGAUGGGAAUGGCUUCCUGUCAGCCCCACAGCGCGGCCCUACGAACGGGCCUGUGCCGAUAACCAUUCCGCUAACUGUUCUGCGCCCAUCGCCGGUACCGCCGCCUGCGCCCGUUACCUUGACGGUACCUAGGCCCGAUGCCGAACGCCGUGACAAUGAGUACGUUGAAACGCCACUCAGAAGUGGACAGUCUCCCUGUGGACAAUCGCCAUUAUCGUCGCUGUCCAUACAUCGGCCGGCGGCACCGGUACCGCCCCAGGGUGCCAUCUGCAAACAGCCGGUAUCGUUUAGCAAGACGUCCAAGACGCCCCCUUGCGGUUCCUCCCGACCGUCCGUUAUGUGUACAACAUGUGGACAGUGCAAAUGUGAAACGUGUCGGGCACCAAAAGGUUUGCCCCAGUGCUGGUCGUGUAACGGGGGCUGUUUGCUGUCAGCGGAUUCAGUUGUGGAUUACGCGUCGUGUUUGUGCUGCGUCAAGGGACUGUUUUAUCACUGCUCAGAAGCGGACGACGUGGACGGAAGCUGCGCGGAUGAUCCGUGCGGUUGUGGACCGGACCGAAGGACGGCCAGGUGGGGAUGCCUUGCCGCACUCGCCUGCGUACUGCCCUGUCUUAUGCUCUAUUGGCCGCUGCGGGGUGCGAAGCGGGCGGUCGAGUUGUGUUACGAGCGGCAUUCGAGGGCGGGAUGUCGGUGUCGUCCGCCUAAACAGUCGCCCAGGCCGCCCGCCAAGCGAUUGCUGGGCAACGACUCGUUACAAGACUUUUAAUUUAUUAUUAUUAUUACAUAAUAUUAUAUUAGUGUACAUAGAACUGCCGCCGCAUAUGUUGCGGUCUCCAGUAUUAUCUAGUCCAGCGCCGAGCAGCGGCCGGCGCACGAGUGUUUCUCGAGUGUGCCUGAAAUAACUCUUGUGUAUAUCUUUUCCAUUAAAUUUAUUUUUACAUUUUUUUUUCCACUUUUAUUUAUUUAUUUUAGUUUAAAUUAUUUAUAUAAUGCGAGGAGCUUUGCAUCACCUCCAGAUCCUAAUCGUAUGAUCACUCUGGCAUUUGGAGUUUUUAAAUUUCACGUGGCUUUGGUUUUUUUGUCAGUCGUUAGUAGUCCAUGAAGCAAGGCUAAAUACGAGAACAUGUAUCCCUCUCCUUUUCCAAUAUUUAGAAAAAAAUUAAAUGUGAUUUUUUGGAUAAACUCUGGAACAUUGCUGCAAACCGUAGUCGAGGUUUUUAAGUUCACCAUCUUAGCCAAUAAUGUCAAUUUUUUAUAUAAUAUACUCAUACAAUAACUUCAGCCAUCCAUUCCUAAGUCAAUUUAAAGACAGAAUUUUAAUAUGAACAGGGUUCUCAACGGCUUUAGCACGCACGAGCACCAUCACUAAAGUAAUGCAAGUAACGUUCUAAGUACGUCCAGAAUAUUGAAAGAUAUUUAUUAAAUAGCUGGUAUAACCAAUGAUUGAUAUUACAUGUUUUUAAAUUGCUGAUGCUUAAUAUGAAAGAAAUUAUAUUACUGGAUUAUAUAUUUUUGGAUAGAAAUAAUAGUUUUUUUAAUAAAUGUUUAAAGUGUUCACGUUUAACUGCACUACACAGUCUAGUCUUUUAAACAUUAACUGAAGAACUGGUCAAUUCUCACUCUUAUGUCAUGUAUGCUUUGAAUAGGAGUCUUAUAUACUAAUGAUUUCCAAUGUCCUUAUAAAAAGAAAUGAAGAAGAUUAAUGUCGAGCGAUCAAGAGGGUUAUGACUGUAGUCUUUCUUCCAAUCCAUCGAUUUCGGAUAAUUAUCAUUUAGGAAAAAUGCACUGAAAUGUAAUGGAGCAUUGUCAUGCAUGUACCACAUGCAACCUCAUUCUCUAAGAGAAAUAUCCUCUAUUAAUUCAGGUAGCUCAAAUUUCGAAAAUCGUGGGCACAGCUGAGUCUGGGGGGAAGAAAAUGAAGGCUAAUCAUGUGAUCACUAAUAUCUAAUCCAAAUAUUUAUCGACAAGUCGUAUUGCGUAUUAUUUUCUUAUUUUCAGUUACGACAGAGGAUUCUUUAGACCAUAAACAUGCUUCAUCCGCGAAUAGUAGUCAAUUAAAAAAAAAUCGAAUUAAUGUAACUUUUUCACGUAACCAGUUGCAAAAAUCAACCCUUAUAGGGAAAUCUCGAGGCAAUAGUGCUUGUACAUGUUCUAUCUGACUAGAAUCAAGUUGCUGAUCUUUCCAAAUUUGAUAUACUACAUAACUUAAGUUUAAUUAGUGCGCAAUUCUUCGUGUGCAACAAGUACAGGUAGUAUUUGUUGUUGUUGUUUUUACACUUGUUUUUUGCUUCAAAAUAUGUGGAUCUCUUAAAACUGUCUGUUUCAUAUAGCAUCCGUGAAUUUUGAUGAAAGUUUGUACAUUAGGUAGCGGACGUUGUGGAGUCGUGCUCGUAGAGCGUCACCCAAAGCUAUUGCUUGAUCCCUAAACUGGUUCAUUAUGACAAUUAGAAAUUACCAAAGCUUAGAAUAUUUGGUCUCUUAGAAUGAGUGAAAAGAAAAAAAAUAUUUCGCAACUGUCAAAUUAUGUGAGAAAAUAAAUUAGUUGAAAUUAUGUACGUCCUAAGUAUCUAGAUAAGUACAAUGCUUAAAUAUUAAAACUACUGGAUUCGGCAGAGAAGUAUGAUUAUUGUCAAAAGGCCAUUCAAUUAGGUUCCCCUUUAUUUAAAAAUUUAUUAUUUUAGAAUAUUACUCAUACAUUGCCAUUUAAAGUAAAAUUAAUUUAAAAAGUAGUCACAAGGCGAAAGAUCCGGUGUACGAGGAGGCCACUCCAUAUCUCCCCGAAAUGAUAUCAGACGUCCAGACAAAGGUUGCCUUAAGAAAACCACUGUUGCUCUUGAUAUAUGGCAGGUUGCCCUAUAUUGCUGGAACUAAAUAAGAGAAAUGUACGUACAUUUCUCAUUAUAUUUAUCAUCGGAGAUAGGAAAAAAAAAACACAAAAUAUAAAUUUUAUUCAUAAUUUAUUGUUUAUGAUAGUGCUUAAAGUGUAGGCCUUCUCCAGCCAUACCAUAAUAAAUAUUUGUUUCAAAACAGCCCUGGCAUUAUGAAGCAUUUCUGGUAUGAUGGCCUAACAUUCAUUUAGGAUGCGCUGCUUGUUUAAAUUUUGAUUUUUAAAUGACUGCAUAAAAAAAUUAAAGGGUGUCAACUCAGGUGAUCUUGCAGGCUGGUUCUCUUUGGCCGAUUCAUCUACUAGGAUACAUCCGACUUAAAUAUUCUCGAAUAGCAAGGAUAUAAUCAGGAGGUGCACCAUUUAUUGAAAUCAUGUGGAAGCACGUUAUGCUAUUUAAAAAAAAUGCUGAAUAUCAUUAUCUAUAUCUACGCUCGUGGAGGGCUUAAAAGCAACCGUAAGCCCUGUAUUCAUCACAGGGCAUACGCAAUUAAAAUAAAAUAUGUUUCAUUCUUUUGCAAUUUUUUAGAACAAUACCAUCAUUUCUUUUAGUGCUGAUAUGCUGUAUCUUAAAAACAAAGCUGUAGGAUGUACCCAUGUUUAUAUAAACAUUUCGUCUUUAAAUUGCCAAGGAUUCAAUGGUUAAAGUUUGUCUACAUAAUUUAAAUGAAUGAAAAAUAAAAGCAACUUGGCAACGUAGAAUACCGGAUGUAUUUACAACGCAAGUAUGCACUGUUGCCACUUUGGGGCACUUACUGGUUUGAAUAGGCACAACAUUUUUUAGAUUAUAAUACUAUACCUAGUUCUGUUAAUAUUCUCCUAAAAAAAAAAUAAGAUAUACUCAAUGGGUAUUUCACAAAUAUUUUAUUUGUCAUAUUAUAAAGAUGACAGCUAAAUUACCUGUGAAAAGAAGGAUUUAUAAAAAAUUAUUAUUUAAUAAUAGUUAUUUAAAUCACACACUUCUUAAUAAUUUUUUAGCAAACAGGAAGUUUAUAAUUUUAUUAUUAAUUAAAAAAACCCACUGGAAUCACUCAAAAUAUCAAUUUAAUACUAAUACUAUACGAAAUGUGCUACGAUACCAUUCAAACGUAAAUAACGAGCGCAGUUGCCAAAUACAUUUGACGAGAAACUGUCUCUGGAUGAAUUUUACAGCAUUGCCUUUCUGGAAAUUUGGGUGUAGUAAAAUAAUCAAACAAAAAAUUAAGAAAUAGAAAUUGUAUACUAUUUGUCUCUUGGGAGUGAAACUCUGCAAAUAACGGAAAUAAAGUAAAGGUCACAGAAUCUUGAAAAAAUUAUUUCUAGGUGCUCUCUUAUUCUCAAAGCAUAGUUUAACCCCUUUGUUUUCUAAAAUAAAAUUAUAACUUAUUCCAGUUAGUAAUUUAUGUAUAAUUUCCUACCUUAUAGAGGUAUUUUUCACGGUGGAGAGACAAUUAUAUAAAUAAUUAAGGAAUAGAAAAUAAAAAAAUUAAAAUACUUUAAUUUGCUCGACACGUUUUGGCUAAUGCCAUUGUCAAGAGCAGUCUUGUCUAUAAGUCACUCUAAUUACAUUACAAAAAAAUAUAACUUAUUAUUGUCACUUAUUAGAUUAUAAUAUUGUCUUUGUAUUAUCUUUAUUUUUUUUCCCUUAAUUUCUACAUUAGAGAGUAAAUCCUGAAUAUUUCUUAUUUACGUAGUAAAAUUCAAUCCCGAUUGCUUGGAAACCAGUAAUGGUUUAUCUCAAAAAGUGAUUCCUGUAUAGUUUCGUGCUUUUAUAGCAUGGUAUCUACAGAUCUUCGAGCUUCCUAGUAGAAUUUAAUGUCAAUUGCUUAAAGUUGAAUACAAAUUUAUUCCAGACAGUAAUUUUCGAUUCGUUUUCAAUAAGACGUGAUUUCUAAAUAUUUCUUAUUCUCAAAGUGUAUUUCAGUUCCAUUAUGCUGAAAUAUGUUUAAAUAAGUUUGGAUGAGAAGUUUUUAAGUUACCAAGGGACGUACUAUGUCUUUACCUUUAUUGACCCAUUGUUUGCAAGAUCGUGAUUCCCUUACGAUGAAAAUACAUCAAAAAAUAAUUUAUUGCAGAUUUAAAAAUAUAACACCGAAAUACUUGAAAACAAUUGAUGAACUCUUAUAUGCAACCAUAAACAUUUGGAUUAGAACUUUUUCUGUUAUCAAGGAACUUAUACUGGGACUUCCAAGGUAGAAAAUGUACUGCAGGCAGUAAUUUAUGCAUAAUUUUUUACCCUUAUAAAAUUGGUUUUGGAUAUAUAACUAAACUACUAAACUGAACUAAACUUCAAUUGCUUUAAAUCAAUUAUUAAUUAUUUAAUAAAGGCAUUAAUUUCAGUAUACUUGCCUACCUCUAUAACAUGAUUUCUGCACAUAUCUGAUUCCCAUACUAGAUUCAAUGCCAAUUGCCUUAAAUAAAGUAACAAAUAAUUCUUGGCAGUCAUUUCUAUCAAUUUUUACCCUAAUAACAUGAUUUUUAGAAAUUUUUGACAGUCAUAGUAGAAUUCAGUUUCAAUUGCCUAAAAUAAAGCAAUCAGUUAUAACUAGGCAGUCAUUUCUGUCUAUUUUCUUACCUUACUAACAUGAUUUUUGAAUAUUUUUGAUACUCAUAAUAGGAUUCAGCUUCAAUUGCCUCGAAUAGAGAAAUAAUUUAUUCCACGCAGUCACUUCUGUGUUUUUUCCUAACCACAUAUUAUUACUUUUUUAGCCUCAAUGUGUAUUUAAAAAUCUAUGUUUAAAAUUUUAAAACAAAAGGUAAAACUGGCAUUUCUAUAGAAAUCCAGUUUUAUCUAUAGGUAUUGAACAAAAAAUAACUCGUCAAUCAUAGCAAAAAGAAAGAAGACUCGGAAAAAGCUGCAAAUCAUCUGGACCUUAAGCCUCAAACUUCAGAUGAUCUUCAUCUUUUGUUGGUUUUCAUUUCUUCAACAACUAACGACUAACAAAAAACAAAAGCUUCAUGGACUUUUCAAGCUUCCAGACCUUUUGUGAUGCCUUAUACUUUAAAUAUUUAAAUUUUAAACGCGAAUUAUAGAAUUCCAUGAACAAAGCGCAUUUGCUCACAAAAGAUCACUUACAACGCGCGACCCUUUUAAGACAAUUUCACUUAGACCUUUUAACUUUUAAAACCGUUUUCAAAAGACCUUCUGCCACGCAUUCCGAACCCCAAUCAACAUUUUUCUUGAAACGAAGUGUGAAUUCUUCAAACGCUCUGAAUGAGACAAAAUUAUUUCUAUGGGAUGUUUUCACGGAAUCGGACCCAUACGGCCGUCUCCUUUUGUUCAUAUAGACCUCCCUAUUUCUUUUAAGUAUUUGCUAGAAAGCACAUCUAUCAGUAAGUACCAUACAGUGGCGUGCCAUUUUUGUAUGUAAUUUUUUUUUACAGUGAACAUCCAUAAAAAUAAUAAAAUCUCAAAAGUAAUUUUAUCUCCUACUCUUUACAACUGGCGGUUUUGCAAUGCUUUUCCAUAUAUUUUUGUUAUUGUACUGAUACGGAUUGAUCCGUCAUUCGGGUUCAAACUGAUAAACCGGCUUUUUAAUGUUAAAAGGAGUAAUUAGAGGUGUAUUAUUUUUUUUUGGUUCUAAGCUUUUAGAUCUUCUUUAAUAGUUGCAUUAAUUUUUUUCUGAACAAUUUUUUUUUUUAAAUAGAAAUGAAAAUUUAUAUUUUUGUACGUGUGUAUAGGAGCGGAAAUAUUCAGGGUUGUCACUUAAAUGGACGCAUAAUAAUAAAUAAUUAAAAAUAUAUAUAUAUGAUUUUCUUAACAACAUUUUACAUUUUUUUAAAGCUUUUUCACUCGAACGGUAAUAGCGUGUAGAUAAAAUAUUUUUGUAGGAAUUUUUUUUAUAAAAGUCCUGGUGAGUGGUAAUUUGCAAUUUAUACACCCUUUACAGUUAUUAUUAUGAGCAGUUUAAGUUAUAGAGGAGUUUGCUUAAUGUGUUUUGAGGCAAAAUAUGGUACAAAUAUUUGUACAAAAUAAGUAUUUUAGUGGAAAAGCUUGUUUGCAGUAAGUGUCUCCUUUAGUUUAUAAACUUUUGAUAUAUACAGGGUAAUUGAUAAGUAAUAUUCCCUGUAUGUGACAAAAAAUUCCUUAAAAGCAACAAGUGGGACAUAUCGACUGAAUGUUUUAAGCCAAAUUUUAAAUAUUGUUAUUACAUGUUUAUUAUUAAAUAGUAAUUUCGUAUUAAAAUAGCCUUCAUGACCUUUGGACGACAUGUUUAUUAAGAAGAUUGAUUUUACGUAUAUUUUUGGUAGUAUAGAAGUAUAAAACUAAAAUGUUAAACAUUAAAUCUUCUUCAUUAACUUGUCUUCUAUUGAAAAAUAUUGUACACCUCUCUUUGUAAAAUGUAUAUUAGAUUCCGUAAGCAGAGCUGAUUACUUGUUAAAAAAAAUAAUUAUUCUAAUAUAACCAUCAAGUUGUUCUGGGUGUGAUUGAAUCUAUAUAUUUUCUUUUGUAUUUUAAUAGUAAUUUUUCAAAUUAUAGGGCAUCGGCUAACCUCAUCCAGUCCAACAAUUUUUGUGGUGUCGAUUUAAUUCAUUUAAAACUCUCUACGAUAAAAAGUCUUCCGUGAAUAUCUAAAGAAGUGUUUUUUGUCUUCCACCCAUCUGUGGGUAUUCAAAUUAUGCAGAAAUUGAAUCGACACAACAAAAAUGUUCUAGGAAUAGAUUACACAAAGAAAAUGUUUAUGUUAAGUUCCGCUAUGAUCAGUUGGUUUCGUAAUUCGCCUUUUUUUCGGUUUUCACGUGUUUGCAUCAAAUGCUGAUUUGAAAACCAUUUUUGUAUCCAUAAAUUUUGCUUAUUUUACACAAGUGAUGCUUAACUUGUGUGAAUAACCUCUAUAUGCCAAUACUGCAUUUUAUUGAUGAAAUUUUAUAUUUUGUUUCUUGAGAAAUAUACUUUUUUUAUCAACCUCUCUGCUGUGAAACUUUCAAUUAAAACUAAUAAAUUUUUCCCCGAAAAUCCGCUGGUCAUAGUGAAAUUUUUGUAAAGUAAAUUGGAGGGUAGUACUCUCACUAUAAGUGCCAAAUAUUGGCAUUAAGUGUAUAGCAAAUGUAUACAUGUACAUAUUAAAAUUGUAAUGUUAUUCUAUGUUAAAUAAUAACAAUGAUCAACAAUUUA